ACGUUUUGUUUAGCUAAAUAUAUUUCAACGCUAAUGCAGUAACCUCCAAACAAUGUGGUCAGUUUAGCAAUUAGAAACAGAGAUAAAGCAUUAUAUUUAGCUAAAACUUCAUCUUUUAAAAACAUGUGUUCCCCUGUUCCAUGACCCAAAGAUAGCCAUCUAGUUAGGACUUCCUUUAGCAUUUCAUAAUACUAAAACGUAUUUCAUUUUAUAUAGAGGUUUGAUAUGCAAAGCUGGAUCUACCUUGCAGUGUUCUGUUGACAUAACUGUCGUGAGGUUUAGAAAAGAUCUUGCCCUUCACCUCUAGUAGCUAGAGGGCAAAACCUUGUAUGGACACAACUAAGUGGACAGAAGAGAGCUGCUGAGCCCAGAGUUAGCUACUCUAGUAAUCUGAGAUCCCACUCCAGUUUCAGUGGAUCUUUAAUGGGAGCUGGAUUGGGUUUUAGGUUUUCUCAAGCUUUGGAAAUAAUAGAGCACUUGGCCACUAAUACACCUGAAAUCUGCAUUCACACUUGAAAGGGUCUGCUUUGGUGUCCAUUGCAUUUUCUAAUCCCAAAAUUCUUUCCAACGGCGGGGAAAAAAAAGGACUUUGUAUGAGAGGAAUCUAAGAUAAUAAUGUGACACAGAGUACCCAGAAAGUCUGUUGAAGAAGAAGGACUAGUACUUAUUAGGUGGCUUUCUCUUUUGGAAAAGACCACCUUAAAGUCAACAAACAAAAUGCCAGCUAAGACCCCCAUCUACCUGAAAGCUGCCAACAAUAAGAAAGGAAAGAAAUUCAGACUAAGGGAUAUCUUGUCCCCUGAUAUGAUCAGUCCUCCACUUGGAGACUUUCGCCACACCAUCCACAUUGGAAAAGAGGGACAACAUGAUGUUUUUGGGGACAUCUCCUUCCUGCAAGGAAAUUAUGAGCUGUUACCUGGGAAUGAAGGAAAAACAAGAGUUGGCCAGUUUGGUGAAUUCUUCAGGGCAAACAGCACCUCUGACUCCAUGUUUACAGAAACUCCUUCACCGGUGCUCAAAAAUGCUAUUUCACUUCCUGCAAUUGGUGGUUCUCAAGCCCUUAUGUUGCCCUUACUGUCACCAGUGACAUUCAGUUCAAAGCAAGACUCAUUCAGGCCAUCAAGGAAUCCUCGACUCAGUUGUGAGCCAGUAAUGGAAGAAAAAUUGCAGGAGCAAAGCAAACAGUCGGAGGACAGGGAAACGUACAAAGAUGCUGAUGUGUGGGAGCAAAGUGGUUCUACAUCACAUUAUACUAAUGGCAGAGACAGUCAUUCAUCCAGCCUUUCUGAACGAUGCACUGAUUGGCAAACAGUUGAUUUAUUUGAAGACAGUCAGCUUUCAUGUGAACUAACCAAGACGGAGACCAAGUCUGAAGACUCCCUUUCAGAUCUUGCAGGCUCUCUUCUUUCAUUGCAACUUGACCUUGGACCUUCGCUUCUGGAUGAGGUCCUCAAUGUAAUGGACAAAAAUAAAUUGUAGAACUGGUACCUUUUUGUUUCUAUAUAAAAUGAUUAAUAAAAAAGAAACCAUAACCGAAGAGUACUGAAGAAUAAAUAUAUAAAAAUAUCAGCUGUAUUUGCAGUUGUUUGACGGGUUUUCUAAAAAUAUUCUUAAAAUACUAUUUUUUUACCUAUUGUUUUUCAUGAUUUUUACUACAGCAAAUGUCUCAUAACAAGAGGAUAAAUUUUAAUGAAAAAAUUUCAGCAAACAUGAAAUGUUUUCAAGGACCAGUAUUAGCUGUCAGAACUUAAGGAAUAUACUUCGGGGAUACUACUACUUGUGACCAUUAGUUUAGUUCACUUCUAGGAGCUUUUGAUCUUUGAAGAAUCUGUAAGCAUUAGACAGGAGAUUUUUAAGGUAAAAAAUAAAUAUUUCAACAUUACUUUACAUGUAGGCCUCUCUUUAGUACAUUAAACUGUCUUUAGUUCCAUUUUCUGUUUUCGCUGCACUGUAACUAGCUCUUCAGUGUUAAACUAUUGCUUUGUGUUCAAAUGUGAACCAACUUGAGGGUUUUCUUUUCAAAUAUAUUUGGCCAGAUUCUCAGCUGCUAUAAAUCAGCAUAUACCUAUUUACACCUAUUGAGGACUUGGCCCUGUAGCUAUAUAUGAAAGCAUAAACCAUCCGUUGCAAACAGGUAACACAAGCAAAACAUAACUGUUAAAUUAUUUUGAAAUUUAAAAUAUAUAUUUUGUGCAUAGUUUGGCGCUUUACUGCAGAGUCUACAUUUACAGAUACAGUAUCUCAUUGAAAUAGUUGCUUGACUUUAUUGGAGAUCCUCUUAAAAUUGUAUAUUUGUGUGUUUUGAUAAAAAUAUGUAUUUAUACUUCUGGCUUUUUUUCCUUCAAUUAUUGCCACAAAUGCUUAAACUUGCAACUGAUUUGUUUUAAAUACCUUUAAAAAGAAGGCACUGGUUAUUCACAAUGCUUGUGUUGCAUGCUGCAACAUCCAAUAUUUUGGAAAGUGUGGAUCCUUUACAGUAAAGACAUGAACUGCAUAGAUAUGUUGUGCAAUACAAUAAAGAAUAAAUGUUUAAAUUGCA